CCACCCAUCCGCGCUUCCUCCUCUCCAUGCCGGCGGAGGUCUCCGCGGGGCGGCCAUGGCGAAGAUCCGGGUGUCGUACGAGUACUCCGAGGCUGAGGACAAGAGCAUCCGGCUGGGUUUGUUCCUGAUCGCCUGCGGGAUCCUCAGCCUCUUCAUCCUGGGCUUCUGCUGGCUCAGCCCGACGCUGCAGAGCCUGCAGAGCAAACCGGCCAACUGCACGGUGGUGUCUGUGUUGCGUCCCGAGGAGAUGUUUGAGUGUGUUUUUACAUGCGGCACCGACUGUAAGGGGACCUCGCUCUAUCCCUGCCUGCAGAUCUUUGUCAACAACUCUGAGUCCAACUCAGUGGCGCUGCUCCACUUCGACGAACAGCAGCUGGUCCUCAACCCAAAGUGCUCCUAUGUGCCCCCCUGUGAGAGGGACAACCAGAAGAACAAAGACAACGUUCUGCUGUGGGAGGAUUACUUCACCAAAGAGGUCAGCAGCCAGUCCUUCACCUGCUUCUUCAACCAGCAGAGGAGGCCCGACGACGUGUUGUGGCAGCAUUCCAAUGACACCAGCGUCCUCCUGCACUGCGUCCUCUGGCCAAUGGUGUCCCUCCUUCUGGGCACACUCAUUGUGCUCCUGACGGUGUGCGCGCGCUCCCUGGCUGUGAGAGCCGAGGCGCUCCAGAAGAGGAAGUGUUCCUACGAGGUUUGCCAGGACUUGUCUAUCACCAGUUCAGACCGCCGCAGGAACAAGCCCGGGGACCUCCUAUCAACGAACUCUGACCCCGAGCUGUCAUCGCCAUCAAGGACCCUUCCUCUGUUUGCAGUGCCGGUGAGGCGAAGGGAUCGGGAACAUUAAGGCAGAGAGGAAAUUUGAUUUCUUAACCACAGGCUUUGAAACGCCGAUGGGAGACGGAGAAAAGCAACGUCGCCAUGAAGGGUUGGUUUGAUCUCCAACAGGAUAAAGAUGAGGGUAAAUCCACUCUGAUGCCUGCAGAGUUCACCAGAAACACAGUAGAGCAACUUCAGCAGCUUCACAUUUACCUUCAGCCUGAUGAGCAGGAUCCUGAGCUGGUAGAAACCGUCGGCUGAUUAAAAAUAUUCCUGGAAGCUGAAUCCACUUUGACUGAGUUCACAUUACAUCUUAAAUUAUAACCUCAUCCCGUCUAUCAGAACUUUUAUUUCUCUCAUUUGAUUUAUUUAGAAAACAUUUAUUUUUGUUUGAUAAAAGAAAAAAGAAAAGAGUUUCUAUAUUAAAUAAAUAUAUAUUUUCAGCAGUUAAUUAAAGCAGGUGCCGCCUUUUAAUUAAAGGAGAAAAGCAGUUGUUAACAUAUUCGCUGAGCUUUCACUUUGCACUUGCAGUAAUUCCCGGGAGAGUUGGAUGUAAAAAAAGAAAGUGCGGUUUCUGGCCUUUAGUAGAUUUAUUACUGUACAAUAUGCAAAACAAAAACAGUGAAAGCACCAAUCGUAACCAACCAAAGCAGGUUGUUCAUGUCAUAGAAAUCUGAUGGGAGAACACAAAUUAUGCUUCACUGUUUUUCUGCAACAUGGCGUAUCUUACUGUUCAUGUUUAUGUUUAAAAAUCAGAAAAAGAUGUUGAAGCUGGAUGUAGUGAAAUCCUGACAGGGUCAUUUUAUAUUAUGUAUGUUUUAAAAGAAGACUGGAUGAUUGCAUCACAAACGAAUGAUGCCAUUGUCUCAGAAGUUGGGAAAGUUAAAGAGUUUAAGGCAGCGGGAGAAAACUUCUGAAAAUAACACAUUUGUCUCAGUAAAUAGUUUUUUUUAAAGAGCAACUGACAUGAAAUUCAGACGGGUGCAAAGUAAAUCACCCCCGCAAAGUCUCAUUGCUCAGGUAGGAUUUGGACAUUUUCUCCCCUGUGGACUAGCUCUGAAUCCUGCAGGUUCUAAGAGGUUCUGUUACAGGAUGUUAUACACGAUCGCAUCCAAAGGGUUCAGUCUCUUUACCAGACUACGUUCUCUUUCUCGCUUUAGUUGGUUUUCCUUCAGCAGUGGAGUCUUGUGCAGUACAUGGGCUGUGCAUUAGUUAUUGUUUCGAUUGAAAAAUAGUUUUUGCUAAUCUUGAAUCUUUGUGAAGUUCUGCAUAAGUGAUCAUAGUUCUUAAGUGUUUGGAUUGAUAUUUGACUACUUCAUCAGAAGUAUUGUGAGGAACACCUGGUCAGUUAAUGAUAAAGUUGUUUAAUUUCUAUUUAUAGAUUAUCAGCCCAACAAUGUUCAAUGGAAUAAUCAGGAGUUAGAAAUAUCUAUAAGCAUUCAAUUUAAUUCAAUUCAAGUUUACUUUAUUACCCCAAAGGGGAAUUUAAUGUUGCAGUAACUCAUAGGGUUGUGUUUUGUAACAAGAAAACAAAGGUUUGAGAGAGUUGUUUUGUUUUUAGUUUGUUUGUUUUAGUGUUAAAAGAUCAUUCUCGAUCCAGUUAAAGUCGUAGGGAAAUCAUAUUUAAAUAUC